GACAAAUAAAAAAAAUUUAAAAAUACAAACAACAAAUAAAAGAGAAUUUUAAAAUUUUAAAUAAAAGGGAAAUUAACUUUAAUUUGUUAAAAGUGGUUAAAAAUGCAAAAUUAAUAAAACCCAGUGUUCUAAUACAAGACUGUCACCGAGGAAACAAAUCCAUAUCCAGUCAUGGUCCGAGUAAUUUCCGUACACCAUUUUGCUAGUCAAAAUGUACAAACUGUUGAACAACCUACAGCUUGUACUGUAGCUCCUCCUGACAGGCUUCUUCUGGCUCUAACCAGUAAUUGCAUAGAAGUGAGAGAUUUGAAAAACGACUCCGAAGUGCAAUUCAGCUUCCCUACUGUUGACGAAGCUGUUCAAAUUGUACAUUGUUUGAAUGGUGAUUAUGUAGCUUCAUUAGAAACAAAAUUCAACAGGCAAAACCGCGAAACAAAUUUUGUAAGGGUGUACAUCAAUUGGGACAGUGUUGCUACUCUGCAACAAUCCAAGAUGACUUCGAGUAAUGUUAGUUUGGGGUCGUCAGAAUGUGGAAUGGUCCAACCAAUGAGAGCUCGAAUAGCUGGCAGAGUCACACCUACGACAAACCAAUCAGAAUUGGGCUCUCUAGAAAUGAUAGAGAUACCUGUCAGAAGAAAUCCAAAUGCUAUAGCAUGUUGUCAGGUUUCAGGUAACUUGGCAAUCCUCUCCAACCGCCUAAUCAACAUCUACAAAUUCCAAAUACGCACCCACGACAUCUCGAAACUAAAAUUUGUCGAUUUCGACGAAAUGUCAAUUAUGAUCGAAUUAUCUUUUCUACCGUUCGAAAUACAAAUGUGCGAAAAUUAUUUGGCUGCAGUGGGUCGAGAUACCAUGCACAUGUUCCGGAUUUUAUUUACAAACGAAGCCUCUGAAACACACAAUGGCGGUAUGAAGAGAGGAGUUACAGAACAAGAUUUCAGCUUUUUGUAUUCAAACAAUGAUGAACCAAUAGAUUAUGAACAAUUAAAAAAAGAUGAAAGAAAUAAAAGACAUAAAAUAACAGUCAAUUUACCAAGUAUUAUAAAGGAAAACAGCCUUAUACACAAACACAACCCUUUUACAUUUACUGAUAAGGAUUUAAAGGCUUUUAUAAGACCAAGCUCCAGUCUUGAAAACAAAACUCAGGGAUACAAACUACAAGAUCUGAUCCAACUGAAACUAGUGCCAAUUGUAAUUGAAAGCAACCAAAGACAAGUUUCUGAAGAAUUUAAAAGUUUAAUAUUGAAGCCUUUGUAUAUUAAUGAGCAUUUCAACAAGAAAACAGAAGAGUGUGAAAAUUCUAAAUUAAAAAGUAGCUACAGACAUUGCUUAAAUAGCGUCUCCUGCAUGAUUGCUACCCAGCAAGAAGGCUAUUUGCACUUUUUUGGUGAUUCUGAUACAGAUUUGGAUAAAGAUAACUGUAUAGCAGUUUAUCCUUUCACUGCUCCAGUAUAUAAAAUUAUAAUGGAAGACUAUUUUUUACAUGCUCUUACCGAAACAGGCCUGGAAACUUAUACUUUGAGGAUUGGACAUCAGCUUUGUAGGAAUUUUGAUAAUAUUGAUAAUACUCUAGUGGCAAUCCCUUCUAUAGAAGAUUCCAUUUGCCUUGCGGGCCUGAGGCCCUUUUUAGGCGUUGAGAAUGUGCUGCUUGCUGAUAAUUAUCUUUUAUUGAUGGCAAAUUCUGAUAGUUCUCCAGCUCACUCUGUGAGUUCCAGUGGAAGCUCGACUGCAAGCUUUAUCACUCUUUACACCCUAGAACUUCCUACACCAAAAGUAGUCUUCAAUGACAUCUCCAUAGUAGCCAGUGUACACCGAUUCACUUCAGCACAAACUUAUUGUCAUUUAGUAAGCGAAGCACACAUGAUACUCAGAAUGGGCUUGAUGUUGAAAAAAUGGUGGAUAGGAGAUGAUUCUAAUGUCAAAUUAAUCAUGGAAAAAAGGACUGCCAGUGAAGAAUUGGUGGAGACUUAUAGGCUGUCUUGUGCAUUAUUAGGGGAUCAUUAUAUGAUGUGUCCCAGUGAAGAUAAUUAUGUUUUAGCAAUUCCUUAUUAUAAAAUGGCGCUUAUAAAUCCUUUGGAAGUCUUGGAUAGAGUUAAAAAGCUUCAACUUCAAAGCAAUAUUUAUCACUCCAAAGGUUUAAUGUACUACCUGAAAAAUACUCUAUUGGAAAUCAAAACUAGUUACGAUGCUGAUAAAUAUUUUGGAAGUGGAUCGAAGAACAGCUUUUCUGAAGCUAUGCUGAGUCUCCUAGAAGCACAAGGUUUUAGCGAUUUACCAAAUCUGAUUUUAAAAAGCCGGAUUUUACGAGAGUAUUCUACAGAUAAAUUGAUUAAUAUCUUGGUGGAUAGAUGUUCUGACUCUACAAAUUUAUCCGAAAAAAAUUUGGCUUUAACGAUUCUUUAUAUUCAAAAAUGCAAUACUUCAAAGGCACAAGAAUAUCUUCAAAAUAUUACCAAAGAAAAUUUAGUGGAUCUAUUACUAGAAAAUUGGGAUUUAUUGUUUGAAACUACCAUCAUUGCAGCCAAUAAUCUUCAAAGAAACCAAAAAGGAACUAUGAGCUUUUCUGAUUUAACUGUUGUCCUAAUUUCAGUAUGUCCUGAAAUACUUUCGGAGAUUUUUGUGACAUUGAUUGUGGAUAAAAAAGUUAUUGGAUUGGGUAAAAUGAUUAAGGUUUUCCUAGAAUAUCUUCCCUCAAGCAUAGGAAAAGAUAGCAAUUUUGCCAGCACAGUUCUCCAAAAAACUUUAGAAUCAUUUUUCACUCGGUACUUUUCUAAACCUGAAAAUAUUGACGUGGCAAAGAUCACCUAUGAAAAAGGAGCCACAGAGGCUAUGAAAUUGUUAGUGCGAUCUUACCUGUCUCAACUGCAAUUGAUGCAACUGAAAAAAGGGGCACAGAUUGGGAACAGAACAAAAGAAACAGACAACAUGAAAUUCAUAGAAUACAGUGACAUUACUUCAUCAAGUCUAGACGAAAUCGAAAAAGACAGAGACCAAGAAAAAUUACAAUAUAACCGAAUCUACAAAACUUACUUUAACGAAUCCUCCAAAAAGCCCAAAGGCGACUAUUUAUUUUCCAACAUUAGAUUUGAGUAUUUGGACAAAAUGCCCCCAUUCCAAAUUGAUAUAACUUCCAAAUUGUAUGAGGUUUGUGUGGAAGGAUACGAACCUAGGAAGGAGUCUACAGAAAAUCCAGAAGCUGAUGUUGUCUUGAGGAAGCUACAGGCUUUGUUGUGCAGUAAGGUGGUACCGAAGCAAGUAAUUGUUGAGGUCACUGGGUUUUUGGCUGUAAAUGAAAAUCUUAGAGGCAGCGACAGUUUGAGGACAAUAACCAUGGGAAUCAAUGAUGCCGUACUUCUUUUAUUGGAUGUUUGUCCUCAGUGUUUGUUGCAGUUUGCUAAAGACAGAUUUACCAAGGCCGAAGAAUGGAAGUUCCUAAUAGCAACAGUUCAGAGGAGGAUCCUCAAGUUAUCGCAUAAAGAGAGUUUAAAGCGAAUAUGCUUUUUUCAUAGAAAGAUUCUUAAAGACAUCCUGACUCACGCAGCCUCAUCAUUCACCCUGGACCAAUUGAAAUUAAUUUUUCCUCAACGGUUCAGCCAAUCAAUAUCCACCGAUUUCAAUACAAAUCAAGAUACAAAUACAAUAAAGAAAUGUCAAAUCGAUGGCGCGGUAAUCCAGGAAGAUAUUCAAAUUCGUAACGACGACGAAAUAUUCAACGAAAUUCAAAACUACGACCCGUACAUAAUCAUGUGCAAAAAUAAUCAAAGAGCGAACGAGAUAAAUAAAAUGUUGACGGAUAAGGCGCAACAAUUGUUGAAUACUUUGAAUUUGUAAGUUAGGAAAAAAUACUCAUUGUGAUUUUAUUGAUUGAUUAUUUAGGAACUAGUUGAUUGUAUUUUAUACCAAAAAAAUUAUUAUUUUAUGUUAUCAAUAUUUUAUAAAAUCUUGGUAUAUUCUAGUCAUAGAUUUAAGGACCCAACUCCUUGAAUACAAGUUUGGUUUUAUAUAUAUAGUAUAGAACUACGCUUUACUGGUUUGAGAAAAUCUUGUCAAUGCACCCCAGCAAGAACUUUUCUUACUAUUUCAGACAAGUUGAGGAACUCAUCUAUUACAUGAAAUUCCAGCUCAAAUAAUGCAUCUGAAGCUGUCUUUUAUAAUACAGUAAACUUGUAUUCCAGGACUUAUUACCAAAAAAUGUGAAUCAUUAAAAUGUACUCCUUCUAGCAAUCAUCCAAAUAGGACUCAAUAUAUAACAUUAAUGUUUCAAUUUAUAUAGGUAACUAGUGAUAUAUUUUUUUUUCUAUAUAAUAAUUAGUGUAGUAACUUUAGGAAUAAUAUUUAGAUUAGUAUAAAUUUAUCUAGAAAAAUUUACAUACAUUCUUCUCUGAUGGGCACAUAAGUUUAUAUUGUGAUACUUGUGAUUUUUCCAUGCUCUUUUUUGCCUGAUUUUAAAUUUUUUGUACUUUUACACUUUUUGUAUUGCUUGUUGUUUUUUACUUUAUACACAAUCGCUUUUAGACUGAAUUUCAAAGAAGUGACUUCAAAUAACUUUUCAAAAGUCGCUGCUUGUAUUAAUUGUUAUAUUCAUACCCUAAAAAACGAAUCAUUUUUUUUGAUAAUAUCGUAGUUAAUUUAAAAUAUUGCGCUUGAAAUAAAAAUAUAUUUGUUGUAAUUUAAUAAUUAUCUAAAGGAAAAAUACCAAAUAAAUAAUUAUGUUCAAUUUCUUGAUUUUUUUUCUGGUGUAUUAGUAUUUCAGCACCCAGUUAAUUGGGAAAUUUGUUUGGCGAUACAUAACUUGGUUCAAUUUUGAUGAGUAAAAAUACUGUCACGGCUCUGGGGUGCGUGACAGAAAUCUUGGGUUCGUUUAUUCCAAUUAACACAACAAUAAUU